CUAGGCCCGCCCCCACUUUUCGCCCUUCUUCACACAUUCAUUCCCUUUACAUACUGCCCACUUCCAUUUGCAAAGGCAUCCCCUCUCUCUCCUUCUCCUUCUCUCUCUACAAGUUUCUCUCAAUUCAUUGCUCAAACCAAAGCCAUGGCAACUGAGAAGGUGACUCUAAUGGUGCUACAGGCUGAUCUACAAUGUCCAUGCUGCUACAAGAAGAUCAGAAAAACUCUUUGUAAAUUCCCCCAAAUUAGGGACCAAGUGUAUGAUGAAAAGAAGAACGAAGUGAAAAUCACAGUGGUGUGUUGUAGCCCGGAAAGGAUCCGUGACAAAUUAUGUUGCAAGGGUGGAAAAUCCAUCAAAAGCAUCAAGAUUAUAGACCUCAAGCCCGCCGACAAGCCCAAGGAGCCCGAAAAGCCCAAAGACAAGCCCAAAGAAACACCCAAGGAGCCCGAAAAGCCUAAGGAAAAACCUAAGGAGGCCGAAAAGCCUAAGGAAAAGCCCAAGGAGGCCGAAAAGCCUAAGGAAAAGCCCAAAGAGGCCGAAAAGCCCAAAGCCGAGAAGCCCAAGGACAAUCCGGAAAAGCCCAAGGAUACCCCCAAAGGGCCCGAAAAGCCGAAAGGAGACGGCGGAGUGCCGCCUCUGGGAAAGCCCGAACCGGUAAAAAUGCCCGAAUCGGCUGUGAUGCCGCCGGCAGCAAUGCAGAUGAUGGGGCCCGGGCCCGGCCCGGCCCUAGUCCACGGCGUUCCGUCAAUAUUCCCCUAUGUCAGGCCGAGCCAAGACGCUUAUCCGGCCGGCCCGUAUUACCACGGGUACGGAUUCCCACCUCCGCCGCAGCCAAUUUACGAUGGAUAUGGGUACGGGCAAGGGCACGGGUUCGGGUAUGGGGGUGGAGUAGUAGCCCAGCAUCAACAUGGGCAUCAUGUGAAUAGAGAUAACUACUUUAGUGAUGAAAACCCUCAAACUUGCACUAUCAUGUAAUGGUGUAAUUAAUGCCAUUCUGGUCUUGUUUUUAAUCAUAUUGAUAAAAAUAUAGUGAAAUUAAAUAAAGUUUAUAGAGAGAAAAAUAAGACUAAUGUAAGUUGUCGGUGGGCAAUCUCUGGUUGUAAAAGUUGAUGGUAUAAUUUCUUUUUCUGCUUUUGCUUUUUGUAUUAAUAAAAAGUUGUCAUUAAUCAUUGAUGACCUUUUGUCA